CACGUGUGUUUGUCAAACACCAUCAAGCCUCAGAGGAAGAAGAUUCGUUUCACCGCGCUCUCUAUUGUUUUAAUGUGGCGCUGGUUUAAUCAAAAUUUAAUACAUAAUUUUUUCGGUAAACAGAAAAAUACAGUUUUUGAAUUAGGUCAGUAAAUACAUGUUAUAUUCACUUCAUCAUUAGUCGUGUCUAAGUGUUGAAGCAAAGAGAAAUAUAUCGGGAAGAAUAUCAGCUGAAGAUGGUGUUUGUUAAAGAUGAAAUUGAGGAGAACAUGAGUGAAAUAAAAGAAGAGGAACCAGAAACCUGGAAAAUAAAAGAAGAGGAACCAGAAACCUGGAAAAUAAAAGAAGAGGAACCAGAAACCUGGAAAAUAAAAGAAGAAGAACAAGGAGAAUUUAUUGAAGAAAGUGAGGAGAACAAAAAAUGGAGUGAAGUUGAGAAGAAAAAUCAUGUCAAAACUGGAGAAAAACCUUUGAGUGGCUCUCAAACCAAACAGGAAGAUCUAAAGAAAAGAGCUUUCACCUGCACUCUGUGUGGAAAGAGUUUCACAUACAAAUAUCAUCUUGAUUUUCACCUGAGAGUUCAUACUGGAGAGAAACCUUUCACUUGUAAUCAAUGUGGAAAUAGUUUUGCACACUUAACAACCCUUAAUAGACACAUGAAAAUCCACACUGGAGAUAAACCUAUUAAGUGUUCACACUGUGACAAGAGAUUCAAUAAUUCAUCAAAUCUGAAAAUGCAUGAGAGGAUCCACACUGGAGAGAAACCGUACACUUGUGAUCAGUGUGAGAAGUGUUUCACACGCUUAUCACAACUGAAGGAUCACUUGAACAUCCACACUGGAGAGAAACCCUACUCAUGUGUUCAAUGUGAUAAAACAUUUUUUAAGGCUUCAAACCUGAAGAAACACCUGACAGUUCAUACAAAGGAGAAGCCAUAUUCAUGUUAUUUGUGUGGAAAUAGUUUUUCACGUUUUUCACAUUUGAAAGGACAUCAGAAAAUACAUACUGGUGUGAGAGAGUACAUGUGCUCUGAGUGUGAAAUGACUUUCACUUCAGCGGACAGUUUAAAACGGCACGAGAGGAUCCACACUGGAGAAAAACCUUAUAAGUGUUCACACUGUGACAAGAGAUUCAAUCAGUCAGCACAUCUGAAAACACAUGAGAGGAUCCACACUGGAGAAAAACCUUAUAAGUGUUCACACUGUGACAAGAUAUUCAGAGACUCAUCGUAUCUGAAAACACAUGAGAGGAUCCACACUGGAGAGAAACCUUAUCACUGUACUGAAUGUGGGAAGCGCUUCAGUCAUUCAUCUGCUCUAAAGAGGCAUACAAAAAACUAUCACAAUAAGGCCCCGUACAAACAGAGAUGAUGCCUUUAGCUGUUAAUUUUGUAUCCUAUUGGUUUGUCCUCUAGACGGAUCUGGUGUCCCAGAGUGGAUCGAUCUGAUGUGUUUACAAUGUGUUUACAAUCUGCUUUUGAAGAAAUAUUGUAUCAUGCUACAGUCUACAUUCUGUCAGCUGCAGUUCUGGUGUCUCUGUUUUUGUACAACAUCACAAGCAUUUACAUCAGUGUUAACUCUUUAGAGUUACUCUCACGGGUCACUGCACUUAUUUGCAGACACAAAGUACAUUACUUGUAUGUGCUUUAAAGCCUUGCUUGUUCAUUAAAUUUAUUGAAUGUUCCUGCUAAGUAAACCAUGACAUUCAAAUGCACACAAAACUUCUACGAUGGUACCUCAAUGUUUCACAGACAAACCGUUAAAUGUUCAAUUAAUUUGCUUGUUAAGAUAAUGUAAACUCGUGAGGAAAGAAAAACUUAAAGCAUACUCAUAUAUCUUAAAUCUUCUGGUUACAUUAUCCUAAUGCAAUAUAGGGAUGCCCAACCAUUCUGUAUAAUGCAGAAUUGACCCGUAUUUAAGGCAUCAGAGAAGCGUUCUGUAUGAAAGCUAUACAAAACAGUUUGUCCUGUAUUUUCGCAGAAAUAUGCCGUAUGGCCAUCUAGACCAUACAAAUAACACAUUAAUAAUUAUUUUUGCACAAAUCAUUGUUUGAAUUGUGAAUGUAGCCUCUCAAGAAAGGCUUUAAGACCUUGCAGAAUACUCUGCCGCCUGAACGCUCUCACUUCACUCGUGCUAACGGCAAUCCACGGAAGAGGAUUUGGUCCAUGCAAUAAAAAAUAAAAUAAAAAACUCUUGAGAUUAAAGUCUUUACAUUUUGAGAGAAAUGUCUAAACAAAAUAUUGAGAAUAAACUUGUUAAAUUACAAGAAAAAAGUUGUUACAUUUGGACAAAAUAUAAAAUGAAAUAAUUUUUUUUAAGGGUAAUCAAAAUGAAAUGCAAAGAGAAAAAUCACACUAUUCUUGACUUAAAAACUGAUGUAAUACAGUUGCUUUAGGAGUUAGUCUAUAUAGUGUUUUAUUCUUAGAUUUGUUCAUUAAAUUUAUUGAAUGUUCCUGCUAAGUAAAACACACACACACACACACAAUGUAAAGAUUAUUUAACAGUAUACUGAACAUAGAAAGCUGCACACUUCUUAUGUUUCAUUGUUUGUACCUCUCCUGAGUCCUAGAGUCUCUGGCCAUGGAGUGAACGGUCACAUUGCAUUUGACACCAACAUUUAAAUAAAUGUUAAAAUGCACAAUUUGUUGUGAAUCUUUUUGUUAUUUGGGAUUUCUGUUAAAGUGUUAUCUGAUUGUUUUCUUUUUCAUUUUGUUUGGUAGAAGCUACAUGGGUAUAUUUAGAGGUUGUUGGUACUACCAGUCAGUCGGUUGAUCAUCUGGGCUGAUUUCAGUUCUUAUGCCGCGUUUCCACCGAAAUUACCCGGAACAUUUGUACCAGGAACUUUUUUUCCCAGGAACUUUUUUCCCCCCAGACCUGUUGCUUUCUGCGUUUCCACCGCGGUGUAAAGUACCGGGUAGAUUAGGCAAAUAGACUGGUGACGUAGGUCUGCGCGCGUUUCUCAAUACAAAGUACUGCUGAUUAAAAAAAAAAAAAAAAGUACGCUGAUUUUGGACGUGCAUCCUCGGUAGUUGGUUCAGACUUUGUGCAUUCGGACUUGCAACUACGCAAGUCCGGUAAAUCUAUAAACAGCAGCGUAACUAUAUACUAUAUAUAUAUAUAUAUAUAUGAUAACUUCAGUCAGCUGGUCUUGGCUACUGCAAUUUUCCCUACUGUAUAUUUACAAUAAAACGAAAUAUGAUAUCAAAUACCACUGCCUGCUUUCGUUUUCAUUUAAGCAUAAUAACAACUGCAGAAAUGUACUUAGUUCAGGGAAAUGUGUAUGCAGCCAUUACAAUGAAACGAAAUAUUAUAUAAAUUUGCCUUUUUUAUUUUCAUUUUAACAUAUAGAUAAAUUGAAUACAGACCAAAGAAAACCUGUUAGAUUUACCCCGCAGCUGAAUUAUAUUUUAUGUUUAACCACUAAAGACACAUCAGAGCCAGCGGCGCAUAUCAGAAGAUCUAUCCGAGAUGAGGCUGCUCUCUGCGGAUACAUGAGGACUGAGCUCCCGCUGAUUGAGUGGAGCUCACCGUCUACGAGAUCGGCGAAACACAUUUUUAAAUAGGCGCUGUCUUUAUAAAUAAACCAUAGAUUUGAGUUUUAGACAACUACAUUCUCGCCUGAAAUACUUUUAAAAUUACAUUUCAUGACACAAUAACAGUAAUAUUUGAAAAUUAUCCGAAUAAAUGGUGGUUGAACUCAACCAAUGCUGCGUGAACUCAGAUCGCUUUGACUACUGCAAUUUUCCCCUCAGUAUAUUUACAAUAAAACGAAAUAGGAUAUAAAAUACCACUGCCUCCUUUCAUUUUCAUUUAAACAUAAUAACAGCUGUAGAAAUGUACUUAAUUCAGGGAUAAGUGUAACGUUAUAUACAGCCAUUACAAUGAAAGAAAUAUUACAUAGACUUGCCUUUUUAUUUUCAUUUUUACAUAUAGAUAAAUUGAAUACAGGCCAAAGAAAACCUGUUAGAUUUACCCCGCAGCUGAAUUAUAUGUUAUGUUUUAACCACUAAAGACACAUCAGAGCCAGCGGGGCAUAUCACAAGGUCUAUCCCAGGAGAGGCUGCUCUCUGCGGAUACAUGAGGACUGAGCUCCCGCUGAUCGAGUGGAGCUCACCAUCUCAGAGAUCGGCGAAACACAUUUUUAAAUAGGCGCUGUCUUUAUAAAUAAACAACAGAUUUGAGUUUUAAACAACUACAUUCUCGUCUGAAAUGCUUUUAAAAUUUCAUUUCAUGACACAAUAACAGUAAUAUUUUGAAAAUGUUGAUCCGAAUAAAUGGUGGUUGAACUCAGCCAAUGCUGCGUGAACUCAACCAAUCAGCAUGUUUAGCGCCAAAGUACCGCCCCCGAAAGUUCCGGAACUUUAAAAAAGUACCACCUCGCCAGCAGGGACUUUCUGGGGGGCAUUUUUUUACCCUGAACUUUUAUUUAGUUCCUGGUUCCUGCGGUGGAAACACACCAAGUACCGGACCAAGUCCCUAGUUCCUGGGUAAAGUUCCUGCGGUGGAAACGCGGCUUUACAUUGUAUUGUUACUCUGCUAGCAGGGCAGAUUUAUUCUUUUUGUAGGCCUGUUAAAGUUCAGUUAUUUUUCCUUUAUUUUAGUUGAUUUUGCAGGAAUUAUGUUGAACUGGACUUUUGAUAUAUCUGCUUCUGUGGAUUUGAUUAACAUUUUUGUUAUUGUUUUGAUGAAAGAAUAAAUCAACCAUUUU